AUGGAGAGCGAUCCUCUCCAAGUGCCCGCGGAGCUGCUGGCCAAUCCGGCACAGACUCUCGAGUGGCUUGAGGCGCAAGCAUCCGGGUUGCAAAAGAGCUAUGCAAGUACUCUCUUUGACCGGCAACUCAAGGCAGCAGGACAACCCAGGUCUGUCUCGGGCCAGGCCUGUGUGAGGCUCUGCGGGCUCGUGGAGCAACUGUCCAAGGCGAACUCGGAGGAGCUUCGAAGCUGGUCUUUCUCUCAGACUGUCACUCUUCAGCUCUUCAAUUUCUUCGUUGACUGGAACGAGUCGGACCAUCAUCGCUCCAUGAAGCUCGUGCUAGAUCUCAUUGUUCGGUCCAUCAAGGGAAACCCAGACCUGGCCAAGUCAGCCAUCAAGUGUCUCGACCAAUUCUUGACCAAAGGAGUCUUCAUCCUGAGCGACAUAUACGCAGGUUACAAGUCUCACCGGAAAGAGCUAACACAACAGAGCGACAACGAAGUAUGGAGGUCGUUCACGGUCGACAUCUUUAACUGGAUGCGGCUCCAAUUCGUUUGCCCAACGGCUGGCAAGUUCAUCGUGAGCGUCUACCAGCGUUGGAGGCGAGAGGACAAGGAUCAGCCGCCAAGUCCAAGCGUGGACGAAUGGUAUCAAUGGCUCCUUGAUUUCGCUUCUGAAGAACCCUCGCUCCUUGAACCGAUCAAGAAUUACAUCUUCCUCCCGCUCUUAAAAGCUGACCGGGAUGAGGGGCUGCGGUUUCUCGGGAAAAUGGGUGAAGAAAGGGCAAUCUCUACGGCUUGUAGCCUGGACCUGGACACUCCCGCUCUUCUGCAGCUGGCUGCACUGGAGACUGGAAAGAAGAUUGGCCUGGUCGAAGAACCAAAUGCAAAGUUCAGAGUUGAGGUUUCUGGAAAGGUGCGGGAUAUGUUCAAACGAGUGCGAGGCGCAAUUCAUGUCUUGAAACGCAGCAUACCGAGGGCCCGGGCGAACGCUCUAAAGGCUAAGCUUGCUGGCAAAGUCAUUAAGUAUCAUGAAGAAUUCCUUGAAUGGUACAUUGGGUUCUUGUGUAGCGAGCUCACGCCUACCGCCUCAUAUCAAAGACACAUUGCUUCCUUGAAGGCUCUGGGUUUUAUCUUGCGCAUGGAAGGAGACUCUUCAAAGACUUGGGAGACAGAUGACGACCAGCAGCUUUUUUUCGAUCUUUUUGACGACAAGUGGGCGCGAGCGCUGUUCGACUUGCUCAUGGAUCCGUUUGAAGACGUGAGAGACGUCGCUGCGUCGACGUUAAGAAGAUUAUACACCGACGAAAGGUAUCGACGGCUCACACUGGCCGGUCAUGGGAGUGACAGGCGCAUAGCGGAAACCGUCAGUGAGGUUUCACAACGAGCCGAAGAACUUGCGCGUCGGACAUCGAGGGCAGAUCAUUCCGACGGGGCUUCGAGAGCGACACAGCUGCUCUACAGACUACUGGAUUCUGAGGCGCAACGGAUUUCUCUUCUCUCUAAGAUGAUCAGCGAACUUGAGCGCAAGACCUCGAUGGCAGAAGGCGACCUGGGUCGUGCUGUCCUGGACGCCCCAUUGCAUGGCGACUUUGCUUCGCUUAAUCAUAUCUGGAAAGUGACUGCGGACCUGAAGCUCGCCGAGGCACACCUUGAAGCUGUCCAGUUGUUGCAAUCCAGCCUUGUCUCGUGCUGCGAGCGGGUGUGGAAAGCCGUUAUGCGAGUUCUCUGCGAUGACUCGCCCGAGGGCCAUUUACCUCAAGAGCUUGAGGAAGUCGAAGGCCUUGGCACUAAGAGCCUGUUGAGCUUCAGUUUUCGAGCAAUACAUGAGUCCAGUAAUCUCAUGCGGUCUAUCGUACUCACAGCUCGCAACCGAUCGCGAGGCGGCUUCGGGACAUUGGAUUGCAUCUUCUCUCAAGCCUCCACCACGAGAAGGUCUGCCGGUAUACCAUCCAUGAUGACCGGGGUGCUAUCUGCCAAUGCUUUGCAUCCCUCCUUUCAGCACGUCGUGGAGAAACUCAUCGACAUAGCCGGCAAGAAGGCGCGAGUCUCGGAGACGGAUGGCUCCAACCUACCGCAGGUUCAUGCAUACAACUGCCUGAAGGACAUCUUCAAGAAUUCCAUGCUGACAUCAAUGGGAAACAAGUCGGAGGAGUACCUGCCCCAGUGCUUGGAACUGGCUGCAAGCGGCCUCCGCUCCGAGGUUUGGGCAAUUCGCAACUGCGGUCUGCUCUUGCUCCGCAGCCUCAUCGACUGUCUCUUCGGCUCCCAGGAGAGCAAGGCCAUGAUUGAGGCUGGGUGGGAUGGCAAAGCCAAUCGCAUCCCAUACCACCGGUAUCCUAAUCUUCCGACUGUACUGAGAACGCUCCUCAUGUCAGGACAUCAAAUGCUGGCUCAGACAACGGCGAUCGUGUCGGCCGCCGAGUCGGUUUUCCCGGCAUUGGACAUUAUCCGUCGAGCUGGUCCCCCUGAGCUACUGCGCGACGAGAUCCAAGUACAUGUCGCCGUGUAUAUGUCGAGCCCGGUCUGGCAUGUUCGCGAGCUUGCGGCCAGAACACUCUGCUCAUGCCUGUUGCACGAGGGGUGGUUUCCAAUCGCCAAGAAAUUGGUCCAGGAGGCCCUGGGCGCUCGAAGUAGCAACCGCUUGAAUCAUGUCCACGGUGUGCUUUUGACCCUGAAGUUUUUGGUUCAGAGACUGGGUGAGGUAGCCGCGGAGCAUCUUACAGCCGAUCUCCCCAACCUAGUGAAUUUCCUGGCCGAGAAUUCGAUUCCUUCAACAUUCCUCCGGUGUCCAAAUGUCGCAGCAGCUUAUCUGGACGUGAUCAACUCAAUAUGGGCAUUCGAAAUGGCCACCUCGGGGUCGUUGUCUCCAUUGAAAGCCGCAACUUCCGCUAAUUCCGAAUUCGUGCUCUUGAGAAACUCAGCCAUCGUACACCACUUAUACGCGGCAGCCGUCAACGCUUGCCCCGUGGAGCUUUUGCGGGAGCUCCUGCUGGACCCAGAAGUUGACGCGGAGAGCCUGGUAACCGCUUUGGAAACGAUACCGAGGCUAUUGCAUGCGGUGUCGACGUCAGAUGAGAUCCUCGUCGGGUUGAGUGCGCUGUACAUGGACGUGUGUCGUGGGACGAGCUUCUCCGAUGCGCAGAUUCUGGCGACACAGAACUUGGCCGAGCUAAUGGACCAGCUGAUGCAGCGCGGGCAGUCAGACAGGCUCUCGUCGGGCUCCCUCUUGCAGUGGUGGACCGCACUGUCGUUACGACCCAUGAACCCGGGCCUUUCAAGUGCGGUCGUCGGUGCAAGUGGACGUUUGAUGGCUGUCUUGAGCCAAUCUCAAGGAGGCCAGGCGGUUGAUCUGCGAAGCUGGGGGCGCAUGAUGAGUGAUGCUGGUCUGAAUGACAAGACGUUUGACACCCGGUUCGCAGCCGCCGAGUCGCUGCACUCGUUCUUCGCUGCCGCUGGGCUGCGCAGCACCUCGGAUGAGUACCUGCCCGCCCUCCUUGCGCUCUACGACGCCCUCAACGACGACGACGACGAAGUGCGCGACGUGGGCUCCAAGGCGGUGACCUGUAUCAUCGGCAAAGCCCUCGUGCCCAUCGAGGCCGCCAACCGUCUCCUCCACUGGCUGGCGCAGCACUUUGGCGGCAGCGCGGGCUUCAGGGCCGAGGUCGCGAGCCGCGUGGUCGGCCAUUGCGAAGCCAAGGCCGCGGACGGGGCCGCGUGGGCGCCCGCCGAGGACGAGCUGGCCGCGGCCUUGCGGUUCGACGACUCGCUCUUCGUCGUCGAGGAGCAGAACCUCUUUGUCGACGAGGUCCGCGAGACGACGCGCUGGGUGCACGUGCUCAAGAGCCUGUGGUGGGAGGACGCCGCCGGCGACGAGAUCCUCGGCAGGCUCGAUGGCUGGAUCAGGGCGGGCAUCGUCCGGCUGGGCCGGCUGGUGGAGCAAGAGGACGGGCCCCUCGGCUGGGCCUCGAGCCCGCAGGUCUUUGCCAUCUGCACCCGCCUCGUCCACGGCUCCGUCGCCAUGAUGGCCAAGGAUCUUGCCAGUCCCGAACUCCGCGAGGCGACGCUGCGCACCAGGGAGGCCCUGCGGUCGCACGAUUCUCACGUGUCGAGACUUCUCACCCAGGCGUGGGAAGACAAAACGAUAGAUGCUCAGAUAUAA